GCUUGAAACGUGACGCUGGGACAAUGAAGUGCCUGUUCUGCUUCUUGGUGCAAAUGCUGCAACUGCAAAAGAAAAAGCAGCCCUUUUGAGAAGCAGUGGACAAGUUGUAAUACAGCAAUGAGAUCCAGCACGGGACUCUUGACAACAGAAAUUCCACUGGUUAGCUCCUGGUUAGCAUCACAGAGGUGCUUCUUUGCUGUUCUGCUGCAAAACCUCAUCCCAGAAAUCACAUGCUAAACAGGCUCGGACGCAGAAGAGGGAAGGUGAACAAAGAGAGCUCCUUGACUGCAGUGCAGCUUGGAUCAGAUCCAAAAGACUCAGCGGCAGGAGGCAGACUGAAAAGAUGCAGAGAAGAGGAGCUAGCAGCAGAUAAAACUACAGCAUGAAAGAGAAACUUUUGGAUUCCGAGUGCUCCAGAUGUAGCUUGAUAUGAGCUAAGAGCCAGUCUGGAAAAGUGUAACAGCGCUUCAUUAACACACAGCACAACUCUGCAUCACUUCUGAGAAGGAAGCUGCUCUGUAACCUGAUCGAAGCUUCCUGUUCUGAAGGCAUGUAAACAGAAAGAGAAGCUUAGCACCAUCAGAAACAUCAAAAAGAAAAAGGAUCACAUGUUUCUUCUGAAAAUUCAGGCUGGCAGAAAGACAGAGUACAGACGAGACUUGCUCUGCAGCAGCAUUGUGCUGGAGAAGGCUGUUGAGACCAUGGGUGCUGGAUGUUACCCUGCACAGAUGCCGUGGGAAAUAACCAUCCUGCUGCCUCCUCAGGCCUCAGUUCUGUCAGGAGUGGGACAGAAAGAGCUAAGACACUUGGAAUCACUUUUGGAUUUUCAUCAUGGACCACCACCAAGUAGGAGUUCAGUGCUGUGCCGUUAAUAGACUGCUAAUACGAGUGUGAUCUUCUCUGCAGAAGAAGAGGACUCCCACCCAUGGAUGUAAAUAAUUUGGGGUCUGCUUUCAUGCUUAUUGAUGCUUGUUGGUAUUUGACUUUGUUUCUACUGAGAGAUUGUCCAGCCUCUGAAAGAUCCGUUGGGACUCCUUGUCAGAGCAGCUCUUGGGUGGAGCUUGCAGCAACUUGGGACGGUCUGCCUGUACAAGGCUGACAGUAAAUAACUCAGCGCUGUGGAGAGAUGGAAACUGCAACUGAGAAAUGAUUUGGGGGAAAGGAAGAGAGACAAGCAGGAGCAAACUGUUGUGGAAGUAGAAAUAGCCCUGUAAAGGAUCGGCAGAUGUACCAGUUUAGUCUUCUAGUGGGGAACAUCUUUGGUGGUCUACAAAACCAUCUGUACUAGAAAUGGCUAACUUCACAAAUGGGCAGCCUAGCCCAGGUCAGAGGAACAGGUUGAUGGGAUUGCUAGAAACAGAUGACAGUAUCCAGGAAGAUAAACCUGCACCUAGUAAAAAGGAAGAAAGAUCAGGACAUGGAAGAAAAGGAGAACCACGACCUUUGGAGACACCUUAUCAGAAGGAGAGCAGUGACUUUUCUCCUAAAGUCAAGAUUAAUCUGAACUAUCGGCCAGGACUCGUCAGCAACCAAAAGGACCCAAAUCGCUUUGACAGGGACAGGCUCUUCAGCGCAGUCUCCAGGGGCAGCCCUGAGGCACUGGAUGGUUUACUUGAGUACCUAAGGAGGACCUCCAAGUUUCUCACCAAUUCUGAGUACACAGAUGCCAAGACUGGCAAGACCUGCUUGAUGAAAGCCCUGUUGAACUUAAAAAAUGGGAAGAACGACACAAUCCCACUUCUGCUGGAAAUAGACCAAAAGACACAGAAUCCCAGGCCACUUGUCAACGUGUCAUGCUCCGACUGUUACUACGGAGGCCAGACAGCACUCCAUAUUGCCAUAGAGAAAAGGAGCCUGGAUUUAGUGAAGAUUCUAGUAGAGCAUGGAGCUGAUGUCCAUGCCAGAGCCCAUGGGGAAUUCUUCAGGAAGAAGAAAGAAGGAAUUUACUUUUAUUUUGGUGAACUUCCCCUCUCCUUAGCUGCUUGUACCAACCAGUUUGAUGUGGUGGAAUAUCUUUUAAACAAUCCUCACCAGAAAGCCAGGAUCCAGGAGCAAGAUACACAGGGUAACACAGUCCUCCAUGCCCUGGUGAUGAUUGCAGAUGACACUGAGGAGAACACCAAGUUUGUGAGCACAACAUAUGUUGAGAUCUUGAAGGCAGGUGUGAAGGUUGACCCAGCGUGUAAACUGGAGGAGAUUGUGAAUUAUGAUGGAUUAAAUCCUCUACAGCUUGCAGCCAAGACGGGCAAAGUGGAGAUCUUCAGGCACAUCAUCCAAAGAGAGAUCAAGGACCCAGUGUACAGGCACCUGUCUCGCAAGUUCACUGAAUGGACCUAUGGACCUAUCCAUGUCUCUCUCUAUGACUUGUCCUCUAUAGACAGCUUUGAGGAGAACUCUGUGCUGGAGAUCCUGGCAUACAGCAGUGACACACCAAAUCGCUACAAGAUGGUGGUUUUGGAGCCACUGAACAAACUGCUUCAGCAAAAGUGGGAAACGUUUGCUUCCAAGAGAUUCUACUUCAGUUUUGUCUCAUACUUGUCAUUCAUGGUCAUCUUUACAGCCAUUGCCUACUAUCAACCCUUACGGGUCAAGCCCUCAUUUCCAGUGGAGUUCACAGCUGGAGGCUUCCUGUGGGUCUCUGGACUGAUCAUUAUUUUGCUAGGAGGCAUUUAUCUAAUCUUUGCUCAGAGUCUGUACUUGCGGAGGAGACGCCAGUCCUUGAAGACUAUGUGUUCUGACAGCUGCAUUGAGAUCUUGAUCUUCAUCCAGGCUUUCUCAUUGCUGCUCUCAGCAGUCCUGUAUGGUGCAAGCUCAGAAAACUACGUGGUAGUGAUGGUGUUCUCCCUGCUGCUGGGCUGGGUGAACACACUGUACUACACUCGGGGCUUUCAGCGCACGGGCAUCUACAGUGUCAUGAUACAGAAGAUUAUCCUGAGAGAUCUGCUGCGUUUCCUCCUGGUUUAUAUGAUCUUCCUCUUUGGCUUUGCUGCAGCUCUGGUUACCCUGAUGGGGGAUGCUCCUUCAGCCUCUCAGAACAAGUCACUUGCUCAUCUGGAGAGUAGCGGGAGCCAUGCUAUGUAUGGUGGGCUGCUGAGUGUCUCCCUGGAGCUCUUCAAGAUCACCAUUGGGAUGGGUGACCUGGACUUCCAGGAACAUACCAGAUUCAGAUACUUUGUCAUGCUCCUGCUGCUUCUCUUUGUGAUCUUCACUUACAUUCUGCUGCUCAACAUGCUGAUCGCGCUGAUGAGUGAGACUGUCGUAGACAUUUCUGGUGACAGCAAAAGCGUCUGGAAGCUGCAGAGGGCUAUUGCUAUUCUAGAAAUAGAGAAGGCUUGGCUGUGGCGCCAGGGUGGGAAGAGGAGAUCUGGCUGCUUCGUGUCAGUGGGCCUCAAUAAGAAAGAUGAGAGGUGGUGUUUCAGAGUAGAGGAAAUUAAAUGGACAAAUUGGGCAAAGGACGUGGGAGUUCUUAAGGAAGAGCCUGGAAACACCACUGAUUUAGAAAUAAAUCCAGAAGAGACAAGAUCAUGGAAACGGAUGCCACAGAAACAACUGAGAUCAGCUGGCUCAGAGGAGCAGUCACUAUUGCAGUCCCAGCGGUCAGCAACUGAGAUGAUGCCUCUAGAGAGACAAACCAGAAAUCUUUAGUAGGUUUUCUGGAUUACAAUCUUGCUUUCAUCCUCAAAGGCAUAGUUCUUCCUAUAGCAGCUGGAAGAAUUGCAGGCAUUAUCAGUAUUAAAGUGCAUUUCAUUGAAGACUGUGGUUCAGCCUGUGGCUUUAAAUAUUUUCAUGCACUUUAAUCAUUCAUUUCCUCUGAAGAAACUAUUUUUACUCAACCUUCUCUGCCUGACACAUUCUUACCAGUAUGUCUAACGGUACAAGAGCAAGAUGCCAGGGACAGUGGGGAGUGGUCUUUGGGAAGGCUGUGCUUUGAGCUGUAUAGAAAGAAUGGUGUUUGCCACGGAGAAGCAAAAGAUGGAGUGACCCAUCUAAGAAUGGGUCAGCCUGUGUUUCUUUUGUCACAAGAGACUGCACUGGAGUGCUUUGCAAUAAAGAGUGUUGUAGAGGCAUGAUAA